UAUCAGCUGUUUUGGCCCCUAGUGCAGUCUGUCGCAAGUGUGGACGUCAUUUUCGCUUCAGGAAUACAUCACGGGUUUGCUAGUAACACUAUGCAGCACAUUGUGCGCUAGAACAGUAGCGUGUGUCAGCUUUGAGGGUUCGGAGACGCUGCUUUUGCAGAAGGUGGAAAGCAGAGCGUGACGCCAUGAGCUGAGCGCCGAGACGUUCGAGAUCAAAGGCACCGCAGUUGAGAUCAAAGGCACCGAGCGCCGCGGUUACAUCUGUUGCCAUGCAGCAGUCGGAGAGCGGCGGAGGGGCGGCGACUUCUGAAGUCCAGCUCAACGACCAACCCAACGCGCUCAUCGCGUGUAAAGUGCCAGAAGAGGUUUUUAAUGAGCCGCAGUUAAAGGAGCAGUUUGAAGCUUUGUUCCGUUCCUUUGAUCCUGGCACGUCGUUCCAGUUCUUCAAAAGCUUCAGACGGGUUCGGAUCAACUUCACUGAUGCUCUGGCGGCGGCCGAGGCCCGAGUCAAACUCCAUAAGAGCGACUUCAACGGAAAGGAGAUGCGUCUGUACUUCGCUCAGUCGGUCCACAUCGGCAGUCCUCGUCUUGAGCCUCCUAAACCAGAGAAGCAGUUCCUGAUCUCUCCUCCAGCGUCGCCCCCUGUAGGCUGGGCACAGUCGCAGGACGCUACGCCCGUCAUCAACUACGACCUGCUGUGCGCCGUGUCUAAACUAGGACCAGGAGAACAGUACGAGCUCCACAGCGGCACCACCAACACCCCCAGCGUGAUCGUACACGUGUGUGAGGACGACAGCUCCGAGGGCGAAGACGACACGGCCGACGGCGGCAAGCGCGCGCGGCCCAAGAUCAUCCAGACCCGCCGCCCGGACUACGUCCCGUCCGUUAACCAGUGAGCGGCUACGUCUGGCCCGCUUCAUCUUCGCCAACCAACACCGGGACAACUAGGAAGCGUGCGGUCGUGCAGUUUGUCAUCCUCGCCACCGGGGGAGGCCGGCGGGCGCCAGACCCUCUUCCUAGUUAGCGAGGGAGUCGACCAUCCUCAUAAUCUCGCGUUUCAUUUCUUAACAUCCAUCUCCGAUGGAGUCAGGGACUCUGAGGACCUGGGGAGGGUUUCUCUCGUCUUACGAAUGUCACCGUUUGCUCGACGUCACGACUGUGUGUUUUAAUAAUCCCAACGGAAAGAUCCGAAGGAGUUUAGUGGCGGCGCCGGCGAACUGAACGCCGUGUCUGAAGUGUGCGUCGUCCUCAUCACCUCAUUAUCACGUAUCGUCUCUACGUUUAGUCGGUUAAGCACUCGUGCAGUCUUUGAACGUCAUUAUUAUUGUUGCCGAAGUUCUUCACGAGCUCCUCCAAGUAUUAUGCACUUUAAUAAUAGAGCCUUAUAAUGUGGUAAACUGACAACAACAUGAAGUACUUGUCUUUGUAUAUCGGGCGCCGGCUUGGCGACGCGAGCGUUUUCCCGUUCCUUUUCUCCACAAUAUUCGAUUUGAUGGGAAGAACGGCGUUUUAAAAAAAGACACUGAAUUGCGUGCUUGUAAAAUAAAACAUCGACAGCGUGGAGAACAUUUUCGAUUCCUAGUCAAUUUGACAAAAAAACCCAUCUUAAAUGUUAAAUAAAAAUGUUUAAAUAAAUAAAAUGGUGCGGACUCAACCAUCUGUUUAAUUUAAUUAAGUUACUAAAUAACUUAAAGAAAACUAAUGUGGAGUGAUAGCAUAGCUGUCUGUAAUUAUUAACAAAAUAAAAAUGUUAUUAAACACAUAUAGCAUUUGCACAUUGAGAAAGAUUUACUCAUUGCAACAAACAAUUACAAAGAAAAUUAAAUGAGAGCAUUUUAAGUAGAAAAAAUAACUAAAAAGUCUUUUUAUGUUUUUUUUUUCCCCUCAAAAUCAUUCGUUUUAUUUUACAGUUACAUAAUUGGCUGCACGCAUUAAAAAAGGUUGACUGUAAAUAAUUGGAUGCAUGUAUCGAAACGUAUAUAAAACGCAUACGUUGACUGUACACUUCAAACUAAAAGACAUAAAGCGUUGUAUUAAACGUGAAACUCGUAAGUACGAAGUAAUCAAAUAAAGUCAUCUUCAGCGGCGCACCCGUUACGAUCAUGAUCUUUCUCUGUCCGUCUGCCGCAGAGUUCAGAAAUGCAACCGAAUUGACGAAAGGAAAAAGCGAAGGGACGUCUCGUAACUAGCCCCAUCGCUCGGUCUGGAGAAAAUGAAUGCGACUCGCUCGAUGAAGCGCUCUGUUGUGCUCUACUGUCUUUGGAUCUCUUUUCCAUUACUGUAGGAGACGUUCUGCCGUCAACCAGUGAUUUUAAGCAACUAUAACAUACUGUGUAUAUUUGAUGUAUUUGAAUGUAGCCAAUAUCUUGAAAAAGCUUGAGGAUUUCUAUCAACAACCACAACAACUACAAACAAUCUUAUUCGUUAGCUAGCGAGAAUAUCGAGGGAGGAGGCAUUAACUUACCUUUAAUAAAACUAUCUUGACCAAA